AUGCCCGCUACUAGCCUGAAAGCCGUUACACUACGCAGAUCAUGCCAAGCAUGUGCCAGGGGUAAGAGGAGAUGUGAUCAGCGGUCGCCACGGUGUUCUCGAUGCGAGAUGAGAGGUAUAGGUUGCGAGUAUAUCAAUGCACCACUGGCAGUCACGAAUAGUGCUGGAAUACCGUCAAGAAAGCGAGCAAGCCCUCAUAGCCGGACCUCAAGCACUCCGUCCCCUACGAUACAUAUCCCUCUCCGGCUGGAGAUCCCCAAGGAAUAUGACCCAGCAGCCAUUCGAUUCCUGGUGAAUGGCUUGCGCACGUUCCCGAUCACUUUUGCGACAAGCUGCAAGACAAUGUUCGUCCACCCGGACCUCUAUACUUCUGGUCUUCCUGCCUCAAUCCGCGACAUGCAAGCACUUUGUAAACUGCAUAUCCAAGCCGAACAGGGAGAUUCACCUGGUAAUCUUCUUCCCCUUCUUCAUCAAAGAUCUGCUGAGCUGCAUCGUCGCUUUAAUCAGUCCCUGUCAUUUGAGGAGUUAUUGGGCUGUUCUCAAGCUUUGCUUCUGGCGCAGUGUAUUCUGGCUUUGAAUAAAGGUGGUGAUCCUGAUCAGUACUCGGAGAAUAUCAGUAUCAUGCUCGACGGAAUUGCAGGACGAUUAUGGCAGCAGGCACCUGUUCAGCUACCACCGACAUUGAGCCGCCGACAUGCCUGGCUUUUAGCAGAGAGUGUUCGACGAACUAUUAUUGUAAGCUUGAUACUGAAGAGUACAUAUUCUCUUGAUACGCGAAAUUACUCCGUCCGUACACCUUUUGUGGAUGCACUACCUUUCGAUGUACGGACCAACCUUUGGGAUGAUGACUCGGAUGAGACGUGGGCGACUGACGCACCGAAUGCGGAGGACUCCAUGAUUUCUUUACAUGGGUACUCUGAUGCUUUGGAGAGCGGUUGUUUCCAUAAUGUCCCCCCGUUUGGCGCGUUGAUUCUAGCUGCAUGCAAAGGGAAGAGGGUUUCCUCGAUACCAUUUCCUCCACCAAAGCCAUAUACCAUUUGA